UGAUGGAGCUGUCUCAGAGGGAGCGUCUAUCGGAGUUGGUGGAGGAACUGACCACAUCAGGACAGCCACAGCUCAACCAAGACAAAAUGAAGGAGGUCAAAAAGCUCUGCAAAGUGUCUAAUGACUGCAUAGACCACGUGUACCACUCAGUGAUGUCCCAGCUGAACCAAGAACAUGCUGAGAUCCGGCUCUCUGCCUUCCAGAUCGCCGGGGAGCUCUUCUCCAGGUCACACCACUUCAGGAUGCUGCUAGUGGACAACCUCCAGGAGUUCUUGGAGCUGACGGUAGAGACUGAUUCAGAGCAGCCCCUCCCUCCUCCUAAAGAAGUAGCCAGGAAACUGAGAGCUCUGGCCGUCCAGACUGUGCAGUCGUGGCAAACGUCUUAUGGCUCUGCUUAUAAGAAGCUGGCACUGGGCUACAACUUCCUCAAACAAGUUAAAAAGGUGGACUUCCAGGACAUUGAGGCGAGAACAGUAGCAGAGAGGACGAGGGAGGAGGAAAGACGGAGGAGAAUGGAGAGGAUCUACAAGGAGAAAGUAGAAGCAGCAGCUAAAGAAAUGGAGGAGUUGCAGCAAGAAAUAGAAGCAACGCUGACAGAGAUGGAAUCGUGCAUGAGGCUGCUUUUCCCAGAUUUCAGCCCCAUAGACAUCCAAACAGCCAACAGCAGCCCCUCCAACUCCCAGCCAGACACUAAGUGUCCUUCAGAUGAUGAGCAGCCCUGCUGCAGCAAAGACCUGAGGGCUGAUGGCGGAGUGGGAACGGUCCAAGAAAGAGAUGAGAACACAGGAAGCAUGGGAAUGACAGAGGGAAACAGAAAGAACUGGGAGGAGAAAGGAGAGAGGGAGAAAACAAAGAAAAGGUCUGAAGGUACAGAGGGCGAGGAUGGGGAGAAGCAGGAAAUGGACAGAAGGAAGGAAGCUGGAAGGAGGGAAGUCAUGGAGGUGGAGCAAGAAGAAGAGAGCGAGCAGGAGGAAAGUAAUACAGAAAAUGAAGAAGAAGAGGCUGGUGAUGAAGACUUUAUCAGGAACUCUGGCCUCAUAUCUCACUCCUACAGUCUGGAUCUGAACCUCAGUCCUGGUCUUCAUGUGAAGGAGACGGAGGAUAACGAGCCGGUGGUUUCCACGGUGAUAGACCUCCAUAAACUCAUAACAGCCAAACAUCUGCCAGCUGUGCAGGGCUGGGUUCAGUGGCGCAGCCGUUACAGCGGUAUUCAGGUGCAGCGACAGAGUAGUGCGCGCUCUAACGAUUCUCCUCUUCCUCAGAUGAAGGUCUCUUCAGAUGGAGAGGACGAUGACGACGAUGAUGAUUUUGAUGAAGUUCCAGAGAAAGAAGGUUACGAGCCGCACAUUCCAGAGCAUCUGCGAGCCGAGUACGGUUUGGAUCCCUCUCCUUCCACCUCAACAGGAUCAGUCGCAGAAAAGAAACCUUCCAGUAAAAAACCUGCAGCUCCUCCUCUUUCUUCCUCCUCCUAUUCUUCAAAGAGGCGGCUGAAGCAGCUCGCAGAAGAGGUUCAGGAUCCAACCUCUGUUGUCGCCACACUGCACCUGCUUAGAGAGAAGAUGCUGCCGCCCAAAGAAUCCAGCAGCAGCUCCUCGGAGCCCAGUUCAUCCCAGUCCAGUUCAAAGCAGACCAGUGUCAACGCUCCAGUGGUUCCAUUUGGUUUGGAUCUGUUCUACUGGGGUCAGGAGCAGCCCAGCGCUGGCAGGAUCAUUAAGUCAGCCUCUCAGCACCAGUUCUGGGUUCCAGCAGAGGUGGAGGAGGAGGUGGAGAAUGAAGAGCUGCUGGCAGAGAGCAGGAGCAGGUACAUCUCCUUCCCUGGGAGCUUCGUUCCUGUCAGCCAUUUCUGUGAGAUGAAGAGUGGGAGAAUCCUAAACGUCCUCCAGGAGCAGAGUAACAUUUGUCUUUCUGUUGCAGAUUGGCGAGAUGCAGAAUUGAUGCGAGACAUUGAGGCAGCAACAGGAGAGGACCUGGGUUCUGAGCGGCUGGGCGGUAAAAAAAGGAAAGGAAAGAAGAAGAAAUACCCGCACCUCAGCGACCUGAAGCAGAGCAGCAACACGUCCCGCUGCAGACUAGAGAAGAAAGUCUUUAACAAGAGUUCCCUGAGACGAGUGGCUCAGGUGAUGAAUAAGGCUGACAAGAGAAAACACGACAAGUUCUCCAACCAGUUCAACUAUGCUCUCAACUAAGCUCGUGUGCCUUUAACUGAAGUCAGACGGGUGGAGCGUUGCUCUUAGUAACCUUUCAGCCCCCGUCACAGGACCGCUCCGGCGUUUAUCGUUUAUAUGUCUCUUUUAUGUCUCCACCUCUUGUAGAGAUUCAGGGAAACAAGGAGCUAAAGAAUGCAUUGUCACAUUUCAAAUUGGAACUUUUUGUAUUUGUAGUUGAGCUUAUGUGAGGCUGACUCUGUAGAAACAGUGAAGGAGGCGAAGCUGGAAGACUGAAUCACCAAACCUGAUCCACAGUUUUGUACAAUAAAGGUGAAAUGUUAAGAGUUCAGAGUUGUUGUUUCUCUGUAAUGAAAGAAGAAGUGUUUCAAUAAUUGCUGGGAAAUAUGAUGAUAAAGGAAAUAUGAUGAUAAAGGAUUCUGUGUGUUCUACCUCAAAGCUGAUGCUCGAUACAGGACAUGAAGGUUGUUUCAUAUGAUAUCACUUCUGUGACAGCUGAUUGCUAAAGCUAGUGAUCAGCUGACUUUUACACUUUCUAUAUUGUUAUUGCAUCGGUGUUUUGUGCGACUGACAGGUUUCAAAUGCGUUUUAGUGAGAAUAAAAUUGUAAACCUG